AUGACAGCAAACCAUUCCAUCCUAGCACUAUUUAUGAAAGUGUUCAUUACCUACAUGUGGUUUGAACCAAUUUUCUGUGAAAUUGUACUCGGCUUGUUGUUAUUCUUCUUUCCAACGAAUGAAUUUGUGAUUAAUUCAUUUGUUCACACACCACUCUUCAAUGCCAUGAAAGAAUCACUUCCUAUUCAUGAUAGUUUGGCCUUUCUGAUGAGAUUUAUUUCAAUGUUAUUAACUAUUUUUGGAGGUUUACAUUUACUGUUAAUGGUUGCUUGUAAUUAUCAUCAAAGAGAUGUGGAAUCUCAGAAUAAGUGGUCUAAGAAUGUUCUCUUCAAUGCAAUGGUGGCCAUUCUGUUGGUUGGUGAUUGUUUUCAUGUGUUGUGUGUUUUAACAUUGGACGGUUCUUUGAAAUCUCAAAUUGUUUAUCAACUUCCAUUAACUAUUUACUGUAUAAUAGUGAGGGGCAUGUUUAUUAUCAUGAAUCAAUUCAAAAUGUUGAAUGAUUUUUAG